AAAAUAUUUGCCACGUUGCCGAGUGUGGAGUAUAGCCCUUCAUAACACGUAUGGUAAUCCACAAUAGCAGAAUUCUCUCCUACAAUUACUACGUUGUUUCAGUUUGACAUCUUCAAAUACUGCUGCUUCAUUCCUGGUUUAUGAGAGAAAAUACUGGUACGACAAGCUCGAGGAAAGAGGUAAAAUGAAAGUCAAAGACGUUAACAGAACAGCAAAUAUUGCAUGGAGUCCUGCACCCCAAUACCCAAUCUACUUAGCAGCAGGAACGGCUGCCCAGCAGCUUGAUGCUACAUUCAGCACCAAUGCUGCACUUGAGAUAUUUGCCCUUGACUUGUCAAGUAGUGACAGAGAAAUGCCACUCAAAGGAACCGUGGCAUCAGAACAAAGGUUCCACAAACUGGUGUGGGGCUCCCAUGGUAUGGAAUCUUCCAGUUCAUCGUCAGGCCUUUUGAUUGGUGGAAGUGACAAUGGUGUGAUUAGUAUCUAUGAUCCAACUAAGAUUCUAUCUGGAGAUACUGAUGACUCAAUGGUUUUUCAAUCAACUAAACAUACAGGACCUGUGCAAGCUUUGGACUUCAACCCAUUUAAGACAAGUCUAUUGGCAUCUGGAGCUAGUGAUUCUGAAAUUUAUAUCUGGGAUUUGACAAACCCUAGCAACCCUCUUACACCAGGAAGUAAGACUUUACCACCUGAUAACAUCAGUUGUGUCGCAUGGAACAGACAGGUGCAGCACAUUUUGGCCUCAGCUUCUCCUUGUGGCCGCUGUGUUGUGUGGGAUCUGAGGAAGAAUGAACCAAUUAUUAAAGUCAGUGAUCAGAGUGCAACAAUUCGAUGUAAAGCAGUUGAAUGGCAUCCAGAUGUGGCGACACAGAUGAUUUUAGCUUCAGAAGAUGACAGAUAUCCAGUUAUUCAGAUGUGGGAUCUUCGAUUUGCUACAUCUCCCAUGAAGGUGCUUGAGGGACAUCAGAGGGGAAUCCUGUCAAUAGCUUGGUGCCCACAAGAUCCCGACUUACUCAUGAGUUGUGCAAAGGACAAUCGUAUUCUUUGUUGGAAUCCUAAUACCCAAGUCGUAGGAGAAGAGAUUGUUUAUGAGUUGCCAACUACAGCUCAGUGGAGUUUUGAUGUUUCUUGGUGUCCAAGGAAUCCUGCUAUGGUGUGUACCACAUCUUUUGAUGGGCACGUCAGUGUCUUCUCUCUCAUGGGUGGAGGUGCCUCUGGACAAGAUAUUCAACAACAAAAAGUAAUGAGUUCUUUUGAUGCGGAUGACCCAUUUAUGUCUCAAAUCCAUCAAGCUCAGCAACAACAACAACAAUUGCAGCAACAGAAAGCAGCACCAACCAGUGCCCCGUUAAAAAAACCUCCAAAGUGGCUACGUAGGCCUUGUGGAGCCACAUUUGCUUUUGGUGGAAAGCUGAUAACUUUUGGGUAUUCAAAAGAAUCACCAUCCACUCAGGUCAACAUUAGUCAGGUUACUACAGAACAGGAACUAGUAGGCAGGUCCCAUGAAUUGGAGGGAGCACUGGCUUCAGGAAGUUUCAUGCAGUACUGUAGUGCUAAGGUGGAGAGCAGUACACAUGAGCUGGAGCGAACACUGUGGAGUUUCCUGAAGAUAAACUUUGAAAGAGAACCUCGCAGACAUUUCCUAACACUUCUGGGCUAUGAUCCAGUGGAGCUAUCAAAAAAGGAAGCAAGUGGGAAAACAGGGGAAGGUGUGUUCUCAAGUGGAGCAAGUACACCCUCAGUUGCAGAAUCUAAGACUCCACUGUCAGAGGCUGGAAGUUUAAAUGAAGGUGCUGCAGCCUUUGAUGCUAUUGCUGCUGGAGGACCUUUGUCAGUAGACACAGGGUCUGAGAUUGGAGUUGGUGAAGUUGUGAAUCCACGACUACCUUUCCAGAUUCCUACAGAUGAUGAUAUUGAUGGUCUCAUCACUCAAGCACUGCUGACUGGAAAUUUUGAAGCAGCUGUGGAUGUGUGCCUUCAUGCUGAUAGAAUGGCUGAUGCCUUCCUUCUUGCUAUCGCUGGUGGUCCAGAUCUCUUGGCCAGAAUUCAAACAAGAUACUUUGAGAAGAGCAAGAGUAAUGUUGCAAGGCUGAUGUCAGUUGUUGUGAACCGUGACUGGCGUGACAUAGUUGAGAGCUGUGUGUUGGAAAACUGGAGAGAAGCACUUGCAGCUCUUGUGACAUAUGCCAAAGCUGAAGAGUUCACUGCCCUGUGUGAUCUGCUGGGACAGAGACUGGAGCAGGAAGGUGAUAAACACUGUGCUAAUGCCAUGGUCUGCUACAUUUGUGCUGGAAAUGUGGAGAAGUUCGUAUCCUGUUGGUCUAGAAACAUGCCAGCUGAACCUUCUCCCCUUGCUCUUCAGGAUUUGAUUGAAAAAGUCAUGAUCUUAAAGAAAGCAGUAGAAAGGGAACGUCGACUUUUGAUUGACAGUGGAUCAUCUGUUCUGGCAGAAAAACUCAGCAAAUAUGCAGAGAUUUUAGCAUCUCAGGGUUGCUUGGAGACUGCUAUGGGUUACUUGAUGACUGUGAAUGAUCAGGCAAACCUGGGUGUUCUUAAAGAUCGCCUGUACACUGCACAGUAUCCAAGUCAUCUUGCUACUGCUACAGCUCCACCACCAUUCCCAUUCCAAAGGAUUGAUGUCCAAGCAGAGCCUCUCCCUCAGGUUCAGAAUCAUGCCCAGUUUCAACAACAGCAAAGUUAUAGUGUCCCUACACAACAGCGACAACAACACCAGCAACAGCUCUACCAACCACAGCAGCGGCAGCAACCCUCACCAGUAUCUACACCUACUUAUCAACCCCCAAUGCCACCACAAAACACCCAGUUCUAUAAUCCAGCUGCUUACCAACCACAGGCAUCCCAACCACAGACAUCCCAACCACCUUCAGUCUCUCAGCCAUCUUUCAACCAGCCUCCUCCUCCUCCUCCUUCUCAGACACCUUACUACAGUGGCCCACCACAGCCGUCACCCCCUUCCAAUCAGCAGCAGGCUUCAUGGUCUCAACCCCCACCAGUAUCAAUGUACCAACCACAACCAACAAACACCACACCAACACAGGUCCCAACGCAGGUGCCAACACAGGCCCAGUUUGGUACUCAGAUGCUAAUGAAAGGUCAACAACAGCAGCAGCCUCCAGUGCAGAUUUUCAAUCCCGGUAGUUCAAUCACACCUGGUGCACCAUAUUCAGGCCCUCCCCCAACUGGAGCACCUUCAGUUGUCCCUCCUUCACAAGCGCCCUCUGCAGCCCCACCUUCAACUGGUCCACCUCCAACUGAACCACCUCCACUCACAGGGGCCUGGAAAGACACUCACAUGAUGAGAGCCAAGAAGCACCAGAUGUCAAAUCCAAUCCUUGAGGGUCUACAUGAAAUAGCCCAGGCUUGUCAAGGAGGGGACUACCCCCGUGGUCUGAUGGCACAUACAAGGCUCAUAUCCAGCGGUAGUUUUUCGGAAAUCAGCACGUUUAUGCCUGGGCUCAAGUCUCUAAUGCAGAUAGCCACACAAUUACGUGUUUAAUGAUAUCUGCUGUUUAGAAAUAUUAGAACUGUUUCCACUUAAAAACGAUUUCACAGAAGAGUCAGCACGUGACCCUAACCCUUAUUACGAUGUGGUGUGGACGUUGUGUCCUCAGUACUGGAAUACUCUAUAAAUUACUCCUCAUUGCGCAUGCCCUGUUUGCAGGGCUUUUGAUUGAUAAGAUUUGGACGUGAGAAAGAAGGGAAAGAGGGUGUUCUGGGUGAGGAUCUGUUGUGAAGUUAAGGAAAUCUCUAUCGCUCAUGCAAUCAGCAAAAUUUAAAUUUACUGAAGGUGGAUAGCAGAAAAGGAGAGCCUCCAAAAAAGUGUCGCCAAGUGUAUUUCUUCUGCUGAUCAAAGGAACAGGGAACUAGAAAAAGAUACGUAAAGAAGAUUACAAGUUUCAAAGUAAAUUAUGAAUAUAAUUUUUUCACUUUUUCCAGAAAGGUGACAUAGAGGAUAUGGCCGUGCAACCCUUUAGAUUUUAGGUCUGUUUCUUUAUUCCUCUCGUGGAGAAAACUUUUAAAUCGAAAGGAACUUGCGAAAGUGAUCAUUAUUUGACAGAUAAUCUGCAGCGGUAAGGUCACACUUUAAUUUUGGAAAUUUGGAAAGAACCCUUUUUUCAAACAAUCUUUGAUUCAAAGCCAGUCAAAAAGGAGAGAUUGUGAAAUGUUCGGUGAUGAUUGCGCUCCGAAAGAUAUGCGUUAACUGGUAUAUUUUUAGAGUUCUUCUCAAUUACAGAUCAUGUUCAACUUGAA